CACGUGAGGUUGCCGAGCUUAAGCGCCGAGUGGAGACCAGGGCUCCCUACAGCCAGCCCAUCUUGCGGACGGUAACCCCGUUCACUCCGAGGGUUAUGUCGGUCCCGCUGCCGGCAAACUUCCGGCCGUGGCAGAUCAAGGCCUACAGCGGAACGACGGACCCCCAAUAUCAUUUGUCUAAGUUCUAUGCUUCUAUGGAAGCGGCGGCUGCCCCGGACGAGGUCAAGUGUCGAUGCUUUCUCCCGACGCUGGAGGGCUCCGCGUGCGAUUGGUUCAACCGGCUCCCGAAGGGAACUAUUGACGAUUGGGAUACACUGGCGGAGAGGUUCUUGACGCAUUUCGCGGCAAACCGAAGGCAGAGGCUCCCUUACUCCCACCUGCUCAACAUAUGCAUCCACAAGGGAGAGAAGGUCCGCGACUUCAUAGUCCGGUGGGAAAAGGAAGCAAGAGACGUGCAUGGGGCGGAUGACCAAGCGUUGGUGGCCAUGUUCCAAGCAGCCCUUCCCCGCGGAGAAGUGAGGAAGGAGCUCCGCAAGAAUCCUCCCCCCACGUACCAAGAGACCUUGGCGCGCGCUAAGUUCCUAGCCUCGGAGGAGUUCGAUGAUAUUCCCGACUCUGAGGCCGCGCCCGCCAAGCGAGCUCCUGCAGACUCCGGAGAGGCCGCGAAGAAGAGGAAGAAGAAGAAAGAUUACACCGCGGGCCCGAGGACGCCUUCGGCUGGGCCGCCUCCGCGGGAUGAGAACGCCACCCCCUCACGGAGGCUGCCGGAAGGAAGGACAUGGAGGAAACCGACCGAGCCGGUAGCGGUGGCGACUCAGGCAAGGAAUCCCGAGAAGAGGCACAUCGGGCGGGAUUGUGAGGACCUAGACGAAGAUGAGGCGCAAGGAUACCCGGUGGGAUUUAUCCAUGGAGGAAACAUCGGCGGAGAUUCCGCCGCCCAGAGGAAGAAGUGGAAGCACAUGGCAUUUGUCUCCAAGGUUCAACAAGCGCCGGUGCCCAAGCUCGGAAGACGAGAGCAAAUCCAGUUCACGGAGAAGGACCUCCCGAACACGCCGAGCCCCCACCGGGAUGCCCUAGUCGUGAAGAUUGAAAUCAAUGACGCCAUAGUGCAUCGCACCUUGGUGGACACGGGAAGCUCGGUUAACAUCAUGUAUGAAAAGACCUUCCAGGACCUCGGCUUGGACCGCAAAUACUUGAGGCCCGUGCGCACUCCUCUCUCCGGGUUCACGGGGGACUCCAUUGAGGCCGAAGGAUUCAUCACCGUGCCUGUGAUAGUAGGGGAUGGGGCGCACAAGGCUAAGCUGAAGAUGGAAUUCAUGGUUUUGAGCAUCAACUGCGCGCACAACAUGAUCCUAGGGCGGCCUGGCCUGGAGGACUUGGAAUGCGUAAUCUCCCCGUAUUACUUGUGCAUGAAGUUCCCCACUCCGUCCGGGAUUGGGGUGGCGAGGGGAGAUCAGAAGUUAGCUCGAUCGUGCUACGUCCGAAUCACGAAGAAGUUGCCAAGGGACGAGACGUUGGUCGU